AUGUAUCCAUACGGGUCGGGCCAAUUCUACGGCCAGGCUAACCAGCAAAUGCAACCCCCUAUGCCGGGUCAAAUGUACAGUGCUCCCGCUCAGCAGCAGGCUCCGCAAAUGGCUCCUCAAAUGACCCCGCUAGCACCCAUCCCUACGGGUAUGACUGCCUCUGCGGAUAUGACUGCAACCUCAAACUCCACCGCAGUGCCCUCGAAGCGGCUUAGUUUUAUUACCCAGCAGGAUCAGCAGAACUUUGGCCAGUUAUUUUCGGCCUCGCUGCAGCCCGGUGAACUUGCCUUGAGUGGGCAAACCGCCAGGCUGAUUCUUAUGCGCUCGAACUUGCCGUCAGCUACACUGGGUGAUAUCUGGCAGAUUGCAGACACAACUCGUUCCGGUCAACUUCUUUUUCCCGAAUUUUGUUUGGCCAUGUACCUCUGCGCCAAGGUGCUUCGAGGAGAGCCUGUUCCUCAGGAUGUUCAUCCUACAAUUCGUCGCGAGGUCGGUGAUAUGGUUGACAUAAUUUCUUUUGCUGCUCCGGAUACUCGCAAUACGAGUUCGAAUGCCUUCGAUCAACUGCGACAGCAAACCGGUCAGUCCGCGGGGUACCAACAGCUGCCCCAGCAGCUGCAAGCGCAGAUUACAGGUGGCUUUGCCCAGGCUUUCCAGCCUCUACAAUCUCAAGCUACUGGUGGUUAUGCUCAACCCCAGUCAACUGGUUAUGCUCAACCUCAGUCAACUGGCUAUGCUCAGCCCCAGCAGUCGUAUAUUCAGAACCAAUCAACCGGGUUUGUUCAACCGCAGUCUACCGGUUACCUCCAACCUCAACAGACCAACAGUUUGCGGUCUCAAUUAACUGGCGGUUACCAGCAGGCCCCACAACCCCAGUCUACGGGUUUGCAACCCCAGAUUACUGGUGGUUUACAAUCCCAGGUCACAGGCGGGUUGAUGCCCCAACUCACCGGUGGAUUUCAGCCCCAGAUCACCGGUGGCCUUCAGCCCCAGAUCACUGGCGGCCUUCAGCCUCAAAUAACUGGCGGUCUGCAGCCUCAAAUCACCGGUGGCUAUCAACAACCUUAUCAAAGCUACCAAGCGCCGCAAUUGCAAAAUCAAAUGUCACAGUCUGCACAGCAGCCACUUCAAGCUCAGUCCACUGGCCCUGUUGGACUGACGCCAAUGCCGACCGGCAAACCUGGACAGUGGGGCUUUAUCAAUGCCUCGACGCCUGGUUUAGAUGGCUUUUCUAGUCAGUUCACACCUCAGGCAUCGACUAGUUCAGCCUCAGCGUUGCAGGGUAAUGCAACGGUAUCUGCUGCGAUCUCAAAGCAAGAGAAGCAGGUUUAUGACAACAUUUUCAACGAAUGGGAUCGUUCUCGGCAAGGCAUGAUCGACGGGGGCACUGCGAUCGAAAUCUUUACAAAAUCUGGUCUUGAUCGCAGCUCGUUGGAACGUAUAUGGACAUUGUGUGAUCAAAAUGACAAGGGCAAACUUGGCCGGGACGAGUUUGCGGUUGCAAUGCAUCUUAUUUACCGCAAGCUCAAUGGCUAUGAAAUUCCAAACCGUCUGCCUCCGGAGCUCAUUCCACCCAGCUCGAAACAUCUUCAGGAUUCUUUGGACCAGAUGAGGGAGCAUUUGAAGCAACCUGUCCGCUCGUCUACAGGUCAGGUCUCCUAUCUCAAGCAGCGUUCCUUCAAGGAUAACAAGCCUGUCUUAAAGAAGGAUGCUACUGUGUUCAAAAACGAUGACAAUGACGUCGGGGGUUAUAUUUCAGCAGCUAGGCAUCGAGCGCCCCCUAAAAAUGCAUCUACAUCGACAUCUUCAAAAUCGAGCCCAUCAGAUGUUGCUCAGCUUGCCAAGGAGGUACGUGAGGCUAAAAUCAAGAUAGAGGCUCUCAAUAUUCGUGAUGAGGAAACCCGUGAUCGUGACAGCUCCAUCGACCAUGGUAAUCUUCGGGCAAUUGAUGAGCUCAAACUCAAAAUUCGAUCCAUUCAAGCCGAGCUUGAUGCUACACCUCCAGCUGGUGGGGUGAAUGGCGGAUCAGUCGACCGUCAACAGCUAAUUGUACGGCUUGAACAACUUACCGAUACACUUCCCCAACUAACUACUAGUAUUCGCAGUGUGGAGCAGGAGAUUGCCAAUGCCAAGAUCGAGUUGAUGCGUAAGAAAUUCGAGAAAGCCAACCCCGGUGUGUCCAUUCCAGGAACUGGUCCCGACGGGACUAUAACUGAAGCCGAUCGCGCAGCUGCUCGUCGCCGCGCUGAGUUGCGGGCUAGAAUGUCUGCAAUUACUGGAAGAUCGUCUCAGGGUAAUGCUGCGACAGCUUUUGAGGAGUUUGAGAAAGAGCUUGUCGAGGAAGGGCAGAAUGCUCAAAAGCAGCGUGAUACCAAUGAACAAUCGUUGCGGGCACUCGAGGAAAGUGUCAUGUCUACGAAGCGGGAUUUGGAUCGUCAGCUUCGUGCUGGCGUAGAUGAGCAAGCUGAUCGUGAUCGCCGUCGUUGGGAAGAAGCCGUCGGUGUUGAAGAGGACGUUAAGCGGUUUAUCUUGGAGUUGCGUAAACCAUCUUUAUCAACGAGUGCGACUUCCACCCCUGAACCUGUAAGUUCCGCUCAACCGGCCAGAACGGAGCCUGGCCCGGUGGCUUCGGCGUCGCCUGUCAGUACACCUGCUUCUUCAGCUACUCCGCCUGCAAAGGAGACUCCUGCUGAAAGAAUUGCUCGUAUUCGUGCUGAGGCCCGUCGCAAACUCAACGAUAGUAUGGCCAAGCGUGGUAUACAUCGUGAUUCCAAAGCUGAAGCUAAGGAUGCUCCUAAAGAGGCGUCUGCACCUAAAGAAGUUUCCAACGAGGAAAAGAAACAAGCUCCCGAACAAGUGCUGCAGGAGACUCCCAAACCACCUGGCCCACCUCAGGUUGAGGCAGAAUCUGUUCAGGAGCCUGUGACGCAAAAGUCUACGGCUUACCAAGAGGACGAAGAAGAAAAGAAGAUCAUGCAGCAAUUAGAAGAAAAACGCAAGCAUAUCCAACAGCUAGAGGAGAGAAAAAAGGCUGCAAACCAAGAAAAGGAACGUCGGCUAGCUGCUUUGCAGAAACAGUAUGAAGAGCUAGAACUGCAGGAAAAGGCACUCAGUGAAGAACCUAAAGACGAACCGAAGGCUGCACCCAAGGCUGAGCCUAAGGUCCCUGUAACUACUUCUACUGUGAAGGUUCCUAAAGCUACCUCAAGUGUCCGUACAACCGCUAGCCCUGUUCCGGCAGUGCCUAAGGCCCAGCCACCGUUGACAACCACAGCACCCCCUAAGAUUGAAACACAGCCUUCUGCAGCAUCCACUCUGGCAAGUAAAGACCGAGAGCCUGUAGAGCAGGACUACAAUCCCUUCGCUGCUAGUAUGGGUGCCUCUUCUGCCGCCGGAGCGGUUUCUGCUCCUGCUGCUUCUGCCCCUGCUGCUCGUGCUCCUGCUCCUCCACGAUCAUUUGCUAAUGAUGACGAUGAAGAAUGGGGUGUGAGUGAAGAAGAAAGCGAUGAUGAACAGCCUCGAGGUGCUGCAACCCCUGCUCAGCUUGCAUCGUUACUUUUUGGCAGUAUGGGCCCACAGCGACCUCAGCCAACUGGAGCAGCACCCACUGUUUCUGUUGAUACUGAUGUACCUAUAACUGGUGCUGCUGCAUCGGCUCCCGAGUUUGCUGCGCCUGCUGCAGACGUUAUACCUGCGAUUGCAGAGGCAACGAUUCCGCCGGUGCCCGUGGCCCCCCCUGUGGCUCCGCCGGUAGCCCCUUCUGUUGAAGCUCUGCCAGACCAGCAAGAGUUUGAUUUCGAGUCUGAGUUCAAGGACGCACGAGAAACCAUGACACCUGUUCCUGAAGCUCCUGCUUCUGAAGCUCCUGUGUCGGCUGUUUUCUCUCAAGCAGAGGCUUCUACUGUGCCGUCGUUCGAAGCUCCUCCUGCUCCUGCUGCGCCGUCGUUCGAAGCUCCUCCUGCUCCCCCCGUACCUUCUUUCGAAGCUGCUCCAGCUCCUUCCUUCGAAGCUCCUGCUCCCCCGGUACCUUCUUUCGAAGCUCCUCCUGCUCCUUCCUUCGAAGCUCCUGCUCCCCCGGUACCUUCUUUCGAAGCUCCUCCUGCUCCUUCCUUCGAAGCUCCUGCUCCCCCGGUACCUUCUUUCGAAGCUGCUCCGGCUCCUUCCUUCGAAGCUCCUGCUCCUCCUGUACCUUCCUUCGACGCUCCGCCCGCUCCGCCUGUGCCUUCUUUCGAAGCCCCGCCCGCCCCUCCAAUGUCUUCUUUUGAAGCUCCCGCAGGUACACAAGAAGCGCCGAUCUCCGAAGCGCCAGGUUCGGUACCCCCUCCUCCACCUGCUCCUCCCAUGGCGCCCACAAGUGUGCCGCCUGCGGCGCCUGCGCCGCCUAUGGCUCCGCCUGCAGCGCCUCCUGCUCCGCCAGCUCCUGCCGCUCCUGCCGGCAUCCCUGGCGUCCCUGCUGGUGUACCAUCUAUGGCCAAUGUCCUUAGUGACAUCACCCGCGGAAAAGCACUACGUAAAGUUGCCCCUGAGCAACAACGCAUUUCAUCUACCGAACUUGGCCGAGUUCUGUAA